AUGUUUGAAUAUGAUCUGACUUCUCCGGCCGAUACUGACCUUGAUUUGACUUUUGAAACACCAUCAGCACCUCAAAAUUCAUCUCAACCAACAUUCUCACCCUAUCAAUUUGUUGCUACGACAUUGGACAAAUCCUCGUAUAAUUAUUAUCCAACACCCUAUAGCCAAUAUUCAUUGACACUUUUGGCUGUUUUCAAAGUGAACUUUUAUGCGAACUCGGCAACACCCAAUAACAUUACCUUGGGUAGUAUCUUUACCUAUCCUCGUGGAAUUUUGAAUACUUAUGGAAACACUGUAGUGCAAUACAUCUUUGAUGGUAGUCGAUUCGUUCAACCACAAGAAACCUUUACCACACGCGCUGGAGUUGUGUUUUAUCAAUAUAAUUUGACACAGGGUCAACAAGUAAUUUUUGGAGUAUUCGGAUAUCAAUUCACACCUCGAUUGUAUUCAGCCAUUUCUGUGCCUGGACCAAGUCAAUAUCAAUUUACACUCGACUCAACUCGACAACAAUAUUUAACGAUAACAUUCCCUUAUCAACCCAAAACUCAAAACAAUAUCCCAUCCUUUAGUUUGGGCUCUAACAUUCCAAGCUCUUAUAAUUUACCUUCUGGUUAUAUAGCUUUGACCUCUUUCCAAUAUAGCACUUCUGUGAACGGACCUGAUACCACAAGCCAGCAAUGGAUUUUCGCAUUCAAUUCUCUCUAUGGCUUCACUGAUGUGAAUGGCAAAUCUGUUUCAAUUAGAACAUCUACUUUGAAUUGUGCAUGUGCUUCUUCAUCAUAUUCAUCAUUUAACACCAUAUAUGCUGCUGAUCUAUCUAAUAAUCAAUUGGUUUGCAGUAAUUAUGGACUUGCAUGCAAUUAUUUUGCUGUCAUAGCCAAGCCAACAGUGUUACCAAGCCCAUCUCCAUCUUCACCAUCACCUAGUAGCAUUACCAGGCUCACACUUGGCAGUAGUAUUUCUAGUAAUAUUUAUUCUAGUUCAGAAAGCAAAUAUUACAAAGUUUCAUUGUAUUCUGACACCACUGUGACCAUUUCAAUUUACGCAUCGAGUGGAUAUGGUUCAAUUUAUAUUUCAAAAGACUCUGUUCCAACAUCAACAAAUUACGAUCAAUUAAGAAGUGUAUCUUCAUACACAACCACACUCUACGUGACCAGUUACUCUUCAUAUUCGAGAGAAAUUUACAUUAUGGUCACUCCUUCUUCAAGUUAUAUGAGUUUUACAAUUAGUGCCUCUUCACAAAGUAUUUAUUAUUCGUCAACUUAUCCGCAAAUGAUUACUGGAAUUGUUUUUGCUAGCAUAUUUGGUCUAUUUUCCUUGAUUGCAAUUAUUGUUGUUAUCAUUACCAUUAACAAAAACAAAAACAGACCGUAUGUGAAUGUGUAA